AUGCUUUCUUUUAUUUUCCUUCUUCCUUUAUUUCUUUCUUUCAUAUUUUCUUCGUCCUUCUUUCUUUUUCUUUUCUUUUUUUUUUCUUUCAUAUUUCUUUUUUUUCUUUCAUAUUUUCCUUCUUUUAUUUCUUUCUUUCAUAUUUUUCUUUUAUUUUCCUUCGUUUAUUUUUUUCCUAUUUUAAUAUUUUCUUUUCUUUCAUAUUUUCCUUCUUUAUUUCUCUCUUUCAUAUUUCCUUCUUCCUUUCUUUCUUUCAUAUUUUCCUUCUUUAUUUCUCUCUUUCAUAUUUUCCUUCUUCCUUUCUUUCUUUCAUAUUUUCCUUCUUUAUUUCUCUCUUUCAUAUUUUCCUUCUUACUUUCUUUCUUUCAUAUUUUCCUUCUUUAUUUCUCUCUUUCAUAUUUUCCUUCGUCAUUUCUUUCUUUCAUAUUUUCCUUCUUUAUUUCUCUCUUUCAUAUUUUUUCUUCCUUUCUAUCUUUCAUAUUUCCUUCUUUAUUUCUCUUUUUCCUAUUUCCUUCUUCAUUUCUUUCUUUUAUUUAUUUAUUUCAUAUUUUCCUUCUUUCAUAUUUUGCUUCUUUAUUUCAUAUUUUCCAUCUUUAUUUUUCUUUCAUAUUUCCUUCUGUAUUUCUCUCUUUCCUAUUUCCUUCUUUAUUUAUUUAUUUCAUAUUUUCCUUCUUUAUGUCUUUCAUAUUUUCCUUCUUCAUUUCUCUCUUUCAUAUUUCCUUCUUUUUUUCUUUUUCAUAUUUUCCUUCUUUAUUUCUCUCGUUCAUAUUUUCUUUAUUUCACUCUUUCUUUUUUUCUUUUUUAUUUCAUUCUUUUUUUCUGUCGUUAUUUCUAUUUUAUUUUCUUUCUUUAGAAUUUUAUUUAUUUUUCCCUCUUCAUUUCUCUCUUUCUUAUAUUUUUUUUAUUUCAGUGUUUUCCUUCCAUAUUUUCUUUUUCAUUUCUUUCAUUCUUAUUUAUUUUAUUUUAUUCACAUUUUUGUUUUCUUUAUUUCAUAAGACAAAUAAAGUAGGGAAGAAAAUAAAUCGCUUUCUUAUUUUCUUUCUUUAUAAUUCCUUUUUUUUCUUGUUUUUCUUUAUUUUGAGCGUUGCUCAUUUUCAUUUGACCUUCUAUUAUUUUUAA